AUGUGGCUCGAUCAAGCGGACGGGUUCGAUGAGAUAUUCAAGGGAUAUUUACCUUACUACUUAUUAGUUAUGUUCCCAAUUUUGAUAAUAAUGUCCCCUGUCAACCCGGUGGCUGCUUCUCACGAGUUUUCUGUCUAUAGAAUGCAACAAUAUGAUCUUCAUACUGUUCCCCAUGGUUGUCGUAGCUCAAGCUUCAACUUAGAAGGCCGCUCUCUUACAUUGUGGAGCACUUCUCGCCACUGCGUUGUAGCUCGGAUCCAAGACAUUACCAUUGAACAGUUUAUUGAUAUUAGAAACAAAGCCGGGGCAUUGUUGCUUGUGCUCCCUAAAAAUGAUACCCUGCUGACGGAUGAUGAGAGAGAGCACAUUUACCUUCUUGAAGCUGUAAUGGCACAACAAGAAGUGAACUUACCAGUCUAUUUUGCUGAAUGGUCGUCCGACUUUGAGUAUAUAAUUAAAGACUUACAACACAGCUUUAUCACAGAUGAGAAGUCAGGGACGGCUUUGGAAGCAAUGUUCAAUACAGUGUCGUCAAAUGGAUAUCAGAUUGUUGUAUCCACACCAGCUAUUCAAAAGUUAGAUUCAAAACCGACUGUUCUUCAUGGUAAACUGACUGGUCGGGCGGCAUCUGCACAGACUAUUGUUGUAGCCGCACAUUAUGAUGCUUCAAGUGUUGUUCCUGAGCUGUCGUUUGGAGCAGACUCGAACGCUUCGGGCGUGGUUGCCCUCUUGGAGUUAGCUCGUGUGUUCUCCCGCCUCUACGGCAGUGCUGCAGUGCGCGGUGGACCUUCCAUACUGUUUCUGCUGGUCUCAACGGGGCAUUCGCUCAAUUAUUUCACAACUAAGAAGUGGCUUGAGGAACAUUUGGACACGGCGGAUUCUUCUAUUCUUCAGGACGUAUCGUUCGUAAUGUGUCUAGACUCAAUAUCAUCUGGGCCCCUAAAAAUGCACGUGUCCAAACCCCCUAAGCCGGGGACCGUUUCGCACUCCAUGAAGUCUCGUCUCUCGGUGCCCUUCGUCCACAAGAAGAUCAAUCUGGCUGACGAGCUCUUGGCCUGGCACCACGAGCGGUUCAGCAUCAGGCGGAUGACGGCUUUUACCCUAAGCUCGUUGGAGAGCCACAAGGAACCGAGACGAAGCUCUUUACUAGAUUCAUACACAGAGCCAUCUCUUGAGUCCCUUGUCGACAACAUCAAGACAACCGCGCGUGCCUUAGCGUCUCACAUAUACAACAUCACAGAGGAAACGAGCGAAGAAGACUCCGCUAUGUUUGACGAGGCAUUGAACGUAGACGAGGCGUCGGUACGAAGCUGGUACAAGUAUCUAACAUCUCAAACGCGGGCGCCGCAGUUUCUCACAACGGCGACGCAAAAUGGAGGAGUAACAGGAGCAUUAGAGAGAGCGAUGACUAGAUAUAUGGAGGUCACAAGUUCGGUCCACGUCGUCGACAAAAGGGAACCCGAGUAUACGUUGUAUGGACCCACGAAAGCUGUAUUAUAUGUUUAUAGUGUCAAACCGGCAGUAUUUGAUCUCAUUUUGACAUUGGCGAUAGUCGCCUAUCUCGCUCUAGUCUACUUCGCGAUUCAAAUAUUUCCACGCUUCUACACAGAGUAUGCGAAACUUGUUACCGGCAAAGAAAAGGUGUACUAG